AUGGACGAAAGCUUAAAUAAAGAAGCACCUGCAUAUAUUUUUCAAAAUUCCUCUGAAGCAAUGCUUUCUAUUCAGCGAUUAGAUUUUAAAACAAGUUUUCUGGAGGCAGUAGAAGAAUUGCGUAUGAGAAGGGAUGCAGAAAUUCAUUAUGAGGAACAAAUUAGCAAGUUUGUCCUUGAAAAACAGGAACUUGAGUGGCAAAAGGAAGCUCUUCAACAUGAAAAAGAAGCAUUAAGCAAACAGCAUACAGAAGCAAUGACAGCUUUUAAAAAACAGUUUCAAGCAAGAAUGUUUGCUAUGGAAGAAGAAAAGGGAAAAUAUCUACUUGCUAAGGAAUCAAAAGAAAGAGAAAUAGAAGGAUUGAAGGAAACAUUAAAAACAUUGCAGAUUUCAAAAUACACUCUACAAAAGAAGCUUAAUGAAAUGGAGCAAAAGCUACAGUUGUACAUGUUAGCAAAAGAAGACCAUCAGAACAGUCUGAAUGAAUUUGAAAAAUGCCAUGCAGUUAUCAUGUGUCAAUUUGGAUUAAUAAAAGGCAGUCACGAGCGAUUAGAGCAGAAUGUUGUGGAAGCAAUUCAACUCAAUAAGAAAUUGACAGAAGUGAACAAAAGACAGGAGUCUGAGAUGCAUAAUCUAAAAGAGGAACUAAAGAAAGUAACGGCAAAUUUGAUAAGGUCCAAUGUCAGUUGUCAGCAUAGAGUGGGAGAAGAAAAUCUCAAUCUUACAGCAAAGGAACAGGAGCUGCAAGAGCUACGGCAAAAACAUACAAUGGAAACAGAAUUAAAUAGAAAAAUCACUGAAGAAAAUGCACAUCUUAAAGGAGAGAAACAGGAGAUGAUUGCUUCUCUACAACAUAUGCAGCAACUGCUCUGCAGACUGACUGAAACAAAUGUCAGAAUGGAAAUGGAAUUGAAUGGACUGAAAGACAAAUGGCAGGCCCUUGAAAGAGAUAAUGAGCUGCAAAGGGAGAAGGCGAAAGAAAAUGAAGAAAAGUUCCUUAAUCUUCAGAAUGAAUGCGAGACAACACAAGUAACUUGGAAAAAUCAGGCUAAUGACACAUCUAAUGAAAGUCAAAUGCACAUGAGCAAAAAGGAAAACAAGUAUACACAAACAGCUGAAGUUUCCAAUAAUCUUGAACAAGAAGAACCAGGAGUCAAAAAUACUCUAUCUUGCUCUUUGAAUUCUGAUGAAAUACAAACACAACAAAACAAUGCUGAUAUGAACACCGAGAAAGAUACUUCACAUAGUGUUGAAGGUAUGCUUGAGAUUUGUAUGAAUGAAAAUGAUACAGUUCAUACUUUCAAGAAAAACCAAAGGGAGACUUCUGAAGGCCAAGCCCUCUGCACAGUCGAUUUUAUUACUCCAGGACUGAGCUGUGGGUCAAGUGUUGCUCAGAGUGAAGAAACAGCAGCUAAAGGAAAAGUGGACAAAGAAUUCUUUAAUAAAAUACAGGCAAGGAUAGAAAUGAAGUCCUCGGCCAGUUGCAAUUCUUUGGGACAAUUCCCAGUGGAUGAAUCUAAGAUGCUCUUAGACAGUGUUCACGUUUUAGAUCAUUUAAAUCCAGAUACUGAUUAUGGGACAAAACACAAUAAGCAACUACAGGGAGGUGUUACAAAUGAAUUUGUUUCUGAGGUAAAUGAAAAUACCAACUAUACACUCCAUGAGGGAGCUUCCUCCACAAGUGAAACGCUCAGCAAAGAGUCCAAGAUACAGGAUAACAGUACUAAUGAGAAAGCUACCAAUAACUACUUGGAGACUGAAAUAGAUUCUAUCUUGUCUCAAACAACAGAAAGUGACUCAAUCUUACACAACGAUGGCUUAGCCGAGUGUAAUGAUAUUUGUAAAGCAGAACAAACUUCAAGUGACAGCAGCAGUUGCAGAACCUCCAAUAUCCUUUUAUGUGAACAGAUUAAUACCUAUCUUGAAGAAAAGCAUAGUGAUAGUGCAUGCCAAAAUAAUAAAAGCUGUGACCAAAGCAGUACUUCCAGCAAACCAGAGAACACACCAUCUUUGCAUACUUCCUUCUGUAUCGAUUUAGAUAUAAAUACUCAUAUGACCAAUAACGAAAAUAUUAAUCAUUUGCCUCUGACAAGGCAUUUCAAUUUAAAUACUAAAAGCCCAUCUAAAGAUAUAAAUGAAAUGCCAAGUUUCAAACACUGUGAUAAAGACAGUUCCAAAAUGGGAGAAGUCAGUGCAAAGAUAUCUGAAGGUACAAACAAGGCUUUGCCUCCAAACACUGAAAAUUUAUAUGAGUCUUGGACUGUAGAUUUGAAACCUAACGAAGUUACUACAGAUAAACAAAGAGAAUUUCAUACGUCCAAGACUACAGGUGAACAAUUUAUUAUGGUUUGUGAUAAAGAGAACAUACCGUUAAAAGAGAAGGAAGGGUCAUUAAGAAAUACAGUUACAGGGGAAAUGAUUGCAGAACAAAACACAGAAGAAUCAUAUUCUUUACCCAUAAAGACAACAGAAGAUUUAGUAAAUAGAAGUGGAAAGUCAUCUUUUGACCUUCCAACUAUGAAUAAAAAACCAGAGAGGACUUCAGCAUACUUAAAUUUACCAAGGAUAUGGCAAGGUGAAAAUCCAACUGUGUGCGCCUCAAGUUCCAAAAUGCCUCUCUCUUUGAAAGAAAAGCUACCAUCACAAGAAAUAAAAAAUACUCAGAAUUCAAGGGAACUCGGUGAGACUAUGAAGAAACAUGAUGCAAUAAGAGAACAAACACUAGUUCCUAUCCACAGUAAUAGAGUUGCUGACACUUUGAAUACCGGAAGUAUCAAUCCAGGCCCCAAGAGAAAUCCCAGUGAAGAAUGGAAUGCAAUAGCAAGGACUUUUUAUGAUCCUUCUUUUCCCACAGAACAUGUCACAACUGAGUGCCCAUCAGGACCACAACAGACGACUUCUCAAGUGCUCUCUGAAGUCAAUGCAGCUAUUUUAAAUGCAAGCUCACACAGCACCGAAGAAAAAGAUGUGAAUUUGCAAAAUGUCUUCAUAAAAACACAAAUCAACAAUAUUGAAAAGUUUCUGUAUUUAGAUAGGCUCUCCUUGUCCAGAAAGAGAAAGUAUGAGGAAGAUCUAGAAAAAGCAAUGACAGCAGAUAAAGCAGAAGUGUAA